GGCGGGGCCUGGUCGUCCCAGUGGUUCGGAAGCGGGCCGGUGGAGGCAAGAUGGUUUACAUCUCGAAUGGACAAGUGUUGGACAGCCGAAAUCAGUCCCCAUGGAGAUUGUCUUUUAUAACAGAUUUCUUCUGGGGAAUAGCAGAAUUUGUGGUUUUUUUUUUCAAAACUCUGCUUCAGCAAGAUGUGAAAAAAGGAAGAGGCUACAGAAGUUCAUCUAAUUCCAGAUUUGAUGAUGGAAGAGGGCCACCAGGAAACCCUCCACGAAGAAUGGGUCGAAUCAGUCAUCUUCAAGGCCCCAGCCCUCCUCCAAUGGCUGGUGGAUGA